AGGGGUCGCCGCGGCUCCCGCUCCUCGAGUUGGCGGCUGCCCCGGGCGCUGCUAGGCGGACGUCGAGUCCGCAGGGCAGGUGGCCGCGGUCGCCCGGCGGCACGCUCAGCUGCGGUCAGAGGCGACAUGAGUGCCGCGGGGCUGUUGGCUCCGGCGCCGGCCCCGGCGGGAGCGCCGCCGGCCCCGGAGUACUACCCCGAGGAGGACGAGGAGCUGGAGAGCGCCGAGGACGACGAGCGCAGCUGCCGGGGCCGCGAGUCGGACGAAGACACUGAGGAUGCUAGUGAGACUGACCUGGCAAAGCAUGAUGAAGAAGACUAUGUAGAAAUGAAGGAACAAAUGUAUCAGGAUAAACUGGCUUCUCUCAAGAGACAGUUGCAGCAGCUGCAGGAAGGUACGUUACAGGAAUAUCAAAAGAGGAUGAAAAAACUAGAUCAGCAGUACAAAGAGAGGAUACGAAAUGCAGAACUCUUCCUCCAGCUGGAAACUGAACAAGUGGAAAGAAAUUACAUUAAAGAAAAGAAGGCAGCAGUGAAAGAAUUUGAAGAUAAGAAGGUUGAGCUGAAAGAGAACCUGAUUGCUGAGCUAGAAGAAAAGAAGAAAAUGAUUGAAAAUGAAAAGCUAACGAUGGAACUGACUGGAGAUUCUAUGGAAGUGAAACCCAUCAUGACCAGAAAGUUGCGGAGGCGACCAAAUGAUCCUGUCCCCAUCCCAGACAAGAGGAGAAAACCUGCUCCUGCCCAGCUAAACUAUUUAUUAACAGAUGAACAGAUCAUGGAGGAUCUGAGAACGUUAAAUAAGCUUAAGUCACCCAAGAGACCAGCGUCCCCAUCUUCUCCUGAACAUUUGCCUGCCACACCUGCAGAGUCUCCAGCCCAGAGAUUUGAAGCUCGGAUAGAAGAUGGCAAACUGUACUAUGAUAAAAGAUGGUACCACAAGAGCCAAGCCAUCUAUCUGGAGUCAAAGGACAACCAGAAACUGAGCUGUGUGAUCAGCUCUGUGGGAGCCAAUGAGAUCUGGGUGAGGAAGACAAGUGACAGCACCAAGAUGAGGAUUUACUUGGGCCAGCUGCAGCGCGGGCUCUUUGUGAUCCGCCGGAGGUCAGCGGCUUGACUUCUACAGUGUUCUUCUUCCCUUGACCCUUUUUUUGGAGUGGUGUUUUGUUUUGUUUUGUUUUGUUUUCUUCUUAACAAAGUUUUUAACUUGGGAAUUGCUUCUUGGCCUUGGAAAAUGGAGAACACUGUUGUGGAUUUUGCAAGGCACUUUUGUGGCCAGCCACUUCCAUCUUGGUGUCAUUCUUUCCUGCCUGGACUUCUUCCAGCCAUCAGUCACUACGAGACUGUUUUACUUUCAGGAGUGUCGAGAGUUUGCUUUACUUAUAUCUUUAUUUUUUGCUUAUACUUUGUCUUUUUUUAAGCCUCCUUUGAAGGGACAUCUCUGUUUAUUAAUUAUCUUUUGGUCUUUCUGCCUUGAAGAGGAGCAGGAAGGGAUGCACUCUACAAUGCAUUUUCAUGUUUUGAAUCUGAUUAGUGGAUCACGUAGCUACUUCCCUUGUCAAACCCAAUUCACUGUUUGCCCAGAAGCUUGGGGCAGAGGUCCUAGCAGAAGGAGAUUAAUUCUCCUGGCUCUCAGCCUUCUUGGAGAAAUAAAUGCCUUGUGUAACAUCUGGCAUAUGCCGUCCACUCCACUGGCUGAACGACAGAAAAAUUUGCCUGGCAGACUGUGUGCACUGAAAUAAAUGGGGUUGGGAGAGAGGGCAUCUCAUAUUCAUAAUGUGCUGAGGGUACCAUAUUUUGUUAUUUAAUGCAAGUGGUUUAUUCAAACACGUUUGUUCUAGCUCAGGCUGGAAGAAGAAGAGGUCAUUUCAGAAGUUUUCAUUUGUAGUUCAUUUCUCUCCCCUGCUCCCGAGUAGAUGAAGUGGGGCCUGCCACAGGCUGAUUAUCGGGGUUGUCUGUUGUAGGUGGGGAGGUGAGAUUGAUAGUGCAGUAAUCAGUGACCUGGAGACUCUCACUCAUAAUUCAAAUUGCGCUCUUGUUGCUUAUGCCGUUAUUGCACAUUGGCCAGUCCAAACCCAUGGAACCCUGUUGUCAGCACUCCCAGCCUCCCAGGGGACCUCCCUGGAGAUCUGGCCCAGGUUGGAGACAAAGAAAGCUCUGCCGUGGCUGCCACUAAAUCUCUACUCUUCCGAAUGAAUCCUGAUGAAACAGCCUUCCUUACACUCCCUGCUCCCUUUCCCUCAUUCCCGUAAUUAGAGAAAUGAUUCAUUGGAUGAUGGGGUUUUCUGUGUUCUAGUUGCCACCUUAAGAUGUUUAAAGGACUUGGGGUUUGAGCAACUGUUAGCAUCUCUGUGGAAAUACAGUAGACCUUACACAUCCCAGGAAAUCUUUGUAAGUAAUUCCCUUGGUCUAAAGUGAUUCUCCUCCUGUUGUCCCUUGAUGUACGCACCCCAAAGCAAGUUGGGGGGCUGUGAUGACAAGUAAAUCAGCUUCUCCUAAGUCCUGGCUUCAUCAGAGACCAAACCUUACUCGCUCAGAGUAAAGACUUGUAUAGAUAUGUUUUUGUGUUAAUUUAUAAUCCAUUUUUUCUCUCAUUUUUUUUCUGGUAUUGGAGUCUUAUUUAGAAAACAGGAUAAAGGAUGCUUGUUUAUUAAAAGUUG